AUGCUAAACGACAUCAAGAAGCUCGGGGCUUCCGCCUGGAGGGAGGUUCAGCAUUUCUUCAGAAGACCCCGAGAUGCUGUCCACACGGUUCUCAGCCUCUGCUGCAUCAUCCUCUCAGCUUUGAUGCUAUGGAAAGUGCUGGUGUUGGCUGCGGGGAGUCCAUCUCCAGUUGUGGUGGUGCUGAGCGGCUCUAUGUUGCCUGCCUUUAGCCGUGGCGAUAUUCUCUUUCUGCUGGAUCACGGCCCCAAGGCGGCUGUGGGGGACAUCGUAGUUUUCAAGGUUGAAGGCAGAGACAUCCCCAUUGUACACCGCGUCCUCAAUCUGCAUGCGAACAGCGCGGGGGAAAUGAGGCUGCUGACGAAGGGAGACAACAACAACGUCGAUGACAGGGGGCUCUAUGCCAGUACGCUCAGAAGCAGCAGCAGCUGCCAGUUUUGCCUGUUUAUCCUGUUGUUUUUCCUUUCUUUGUGA